AUGGAAAAAAGAAAGAAACUUGCCCCAGUUUGGAAAAAGCCCACAAUCAAGAUCCCAGCCAGACCAGCAUGCAAGAUGGCAGCCAUGCCUAUUGACGAGAGCACUGAUUGUGAUGAACUGCUGGAGUUUCCAGAAUUGCCUGCACCCUCUAUGAGUGGUAAUGCAGAGAGGGUUGGGCAGCUAUCCAAGGCUGACUGGGCAGAAGAAAAAGUGCUAGAAGAAGAAGAAGAUGGCAAGGAAGAACUUGAUCAGCUGGAGGCUGAGCCCAGGCCUGAAGAAGAGUGUGGAAGUGAUCAGUCUAUAGAAAUUACUGAUGUGGAUGCCAUUGCCUCAGCCUCAGGUCCUGCACUCACAUUCAUCAAUGUGGAUUCAAUGUCUUUCAAUGCUCCUCAUAAGCGGAAGUGGGACUCUCCUGACCAGGCUGACCUUGUCUCAGCUGCUGGUGAAAGUUUGUUAGGGCCAUCUCUGAACAAAUACAAAUACAAUAAAUUUGUACCACAGGGCUGCCUCACUGAUGAAGCCAUCAAUCGAAUGCUGACUGGCAAGAAGAAAUCAUCUGUGACUGCCAAAGGAAAGGGAAAGUCAACAAAGGCUAGUGUUGCAGUGAGUGAUACUAGUGAAGAUGAGGAGAGUGAUGCACCAAGAAGGUUCACUGUAUAUGUCCAAGUGUGGUGCAAGAUUGCACUGGCAGAAAAAAAAUUGGUCAAGGGUGCCAAAGCAUCAACUACAAUUGUUUCCUGGGGCCCAUUCAAAAUGGAUACAACCCGCACCUUCCAAUCAUUCAAACAGGACAUUGCAAAUUUCGAGUGGAAGUUUGAAAACCAGGCUCAGAGUGCUCCAUGCAAGAAGAUAGCGGAUGAAGCAGGUUAUGAAGCACUUCUUGAUGCUGUCAAGCCUGCUAAAGAUGAACAAGAUUGGGAUACAGGUGACCCAGACUAUGUCGAGCAUCCAUUCAACUUUGAAGAAGAAACUGGUGUUGCAUCACGUACUAUGAAGUCAUUGAUUGCAGCAGGAAGAGCUGACAUGUCAGCUCCUCCUACAACAAACCACUUUGUGCAGAAGCUGAAGGUGCCACGUCCCCCACCAGAUGCCCCAAUUUUGACAUUUGGUGAAUUCUAUCAUCAUCGUCAAUGGGAACAAACUCUUGAGGGUGCUGGCCAGGAACCAGUGCCUCCUCAACCCACACAUGGGCAUGUCAUUCCUCCUCUUAUGCCUCUACAUCCACAUGGACAGUAUGGUCCUCUGUUUCCUGGCCCACUUCAUUUGCCUGGUCCUUCGCAUCAAUUUUUUCAUCCAUCCCAGUAUAUGCUACCACCAUACAUUGGCAGAUACCCAUACCCACUACCUUAUCAUCCAGCUGCGCAAGGUCAUGGGCAACUUACUGGUGAGGUACCCUCAGCAUCAUCAUCACCUGGUUUGACAACUUCCCAUGACAUAUCUCUGUCUGAGUUUUGUGUCAAGUAUCACAUUUUGGACAAUGAUCAAGCAAAGCUUGCAGCACUCAAAUACCAGCCAGGAAAUUGA